GGGAAGGAGGGUCGGAGCAGCUCAGAGAGAGUGCUGGAGAGUGGAGAGUCUCACACUCGGAGAACUUUACACAAGUUAGCUAACUGCUGAAAUGCAGUGAAAAAGAAGAAGCUGUAAAAACACGGAGUGUGGAAGGCGUGCUGCUGAUGACCUGGAAACCUUUUUGUUGAACCAGAACAGUUUCUGAAGAGGAAAUUUUGUGACGCGUCAAACUUUUUGCGUCAGUAUAAAAAGGGUAUUUUUUUUUUUUUGUCUUGUGUGAUGGUUCUCUCAUGGGAUGCGUCGCCUGUCUGUGCAGCUGAUUUGUGUUGUGUUGUUAUGAGCACGCAGACGCACACGCACACGCAGACGCACACGCACACGCAGACGCGGGAGUGAGUGCUGAGAGACAAAUGCUUUGCGCUGCUUUACGGAUGACAAGCCCGGUCUCUGUAACGCACGAGCGCUAAACAGGACCGGUCCGUGUUUUGUUUGGUUUUUGUUUGGUUUGGUUUUGUUUGGUUUUGUCUGGGGCUAAGUGGAAGGGAUGGCUGGCGUGGUGCGCACCCUGAGCCGGUGUCUGCUCCCCGCUGAGGCCGGCCACGAGAGGAAUAACGGGAAAGACGGAGCGCGCGAGCGGGACGCGACGCAGGCGCGCGAGGCCAAGCGGCGGAGUCGCGAGAUCGAUGCCAUGCUGGCGCGCGAGAGACGCUCCGUGCGCCGCUUGGUCAAAAUCCUGUUACUAGGCGCAGGAGAAAGCGGCAAGUCCACGUUUCUCAAACAGAUGAGGAUUAUUCACGGACAAGAGUUUGACCAGAAAGCGCUGCUGGAUUUUAGAGACACCAUCUUUGAGAAUGUUAUUAAGGGCAUGAGGGUGUUGGUGGAUGCCCGGGACAAGCUUGAGGUGCCCUGGCAGAACUUGGAAAAUGAGAAGCAUGGCAUGUUUGUUAUGUCGUUCGAGAACAAGGCAGGAAUGCCGGUGGAGCCCUGUACCUUCCAGCUGUAUGUGCCUGCCCUCCAGGCUCUCUGGAGUGACUCAGGCAUCCAGGAGGCUUAUGGGCGCAGGAGCGAAUUUCAGCUGAGUGAAUCAGUGAAGUAUUUCCUGGACAACUUGGAUCGGAUUGGACAACUGAAUUAUCUCCCAAGUCUUCAGGACAUCCUCCUGGCCCGGAAGGCCACCAAGGGCAUAGUGGAGCAUGACUUCAUCAUCAAAAAGAUCCCCUUCAAGAUGGUGGACGUAGGCGGUCAGCGCUCACAGAGGCAGAAGUGGUUCCAGUGCUUCGACGGCAUCACCUCCAUCCUCUUCAUGGUCUCGUCCAGCGAGUACGACCAAGUGCUGAUGGAGGACCGGCACACAAACCGCCUAGUCGAGUCCAUGAACAUUUUCGAGACCAUUGUCAAUAACAAGCUCUUCUCCAAUGUCUCCAUAAUCCUGUUCCUCAACAAGAUGGACCUUCUGGUGGAAAAGGUGACCAAGGUGAGCAUUAGCAAGCACUUCCCCGACUUCCGCGGAGACCCGCAGCGACUGGAGGACGUGCAGAACUACCUGGUGCAGUGCUUCAAGCGCAAGCGCCGCAACCGCAGCAAACCGCUGUUCCACCACUUCACCACGGCCAUCGACACGGAGAACAUCCGCUUCGUCUUCCAUGCCGUUAAGGACACCAUUCUGCAGGAGAACCUGAAAGACAUCAUGCUGCAGUGACUGAGAAACCAGUCUGCAUGUGACCGAACUUGACCACUGUAAUUCUUAGCACUGUGAGAGGAGACUGCCUUCUGCACACCAUUUCUACACUUUCAGAUGAAAAGAUAGAUCCAGUAGACAGUUGUGCAUUACUGAUUUAUUGUCAGCUGAUUGGAAAACAGACUCUUGUAUGUGCUUUUGGCCCACUAUGUACCACUAUGUAUAAGACGAGGCAUCUGGGAACUGUGAUUCGAAACUGUAGUACAUGUAUAUGAGCAUAUUUGAUGAAAAAUAACACUGAGCUUUUGUGCGUUUGUGUGUAUAUGUGAAUGUGUAUGUGCAUGUUUUGUGCAUGAGGAGAAAGAGAUAGACGAGCAGGAAAGAAGGUCUCACAGCAUUGGCUUGCCGAGUCCGCCCAGAGUCGACUCAUUGUAUGAAAAGACAAAGCGUUUGAGUUAGUCAUCAUAAAGUGAAAUGAAUUAUCGACUUCCUGUCUGCUCCUAACCACGGCUGAUGUCAGUGUCUUCCUCUGAAAUAGAUAAGGCCUCGUUAAUAAAAGACGGCCGGGGACUUCGUCUGACAGCGCCCUUUGUCCCUGAUUCAAAAUGGCUGAAAGGAAAAACUUUUUUUUUUUUAAACAAAGUUUGAACAUCUCUUUACGGUUGAUUUUGCUAUUUCUUCAAGAAUGAAACUCCAAGCACUUCUGUUUCGAACCGGCUCUUUUGCAAGUGUAUACUUUCUUCAACAAGGACCAACCAAAAACUGAUCUUCUGCACUAACAUUUGAGUUUGAGCCCCUGAUUUUUCAUAUCACUGCAGUUUUGUAUCCAAACCUAAGGGGAACCUUAAGAACUAUUAUAUCUCAAUUAAGCUGGAGAUUUGUACAAAUACGCAAAUUGAUUAUUUUGUACAUAGAUUUACAUGCCAUUUUGCUUUUUUAGACACUUUAACAAUUCCUACCACUUAUAACUCUUUCUGGGUCACAAGUACUUUUGCUAGUUUGUGUCAGAUCACUGGUAAUAUAUUUUUUUUCAAGCAUCACUAACUUCAGAUGAUUAAGGCACUGGUGCUAGUGUCUUGAAAUUUCUGCACUACGUGUGUAAUUUGUAUUUUGGGAUGUUACGUAGACGUUUUCUGUGUUUUAAUGGUUCGUGCUGUGUAUUACGUUUUAUCUGAGUAAUCGGGGGAGAAUCAGUCCAAGCAGGAUUCUAGAAAACGCGUCUGAUCUUGGAGGAGGUGAAGAGUUCUCCCAUGGCUCUGACAGAAAACAACACUGAUCUCAUUUGACCAGCAGUGUUUCAGAGCUCCCCCACCGCUAGAACACUAUGAACUCCUUGGGGGAUUUGCAAACGUUGAGAAAUCAGUAAUGCGGUGGGAUUGACUUUUUCCAUGGCUGCUUUUUUUUUUUUUUUUUCCCUUUCAGGCAGCCUGUGCUGACUCAUGCACUCUGCAGAAACAGAUCGACUCCUCCAAGUAAGCCUUUUACACACAGGUGUUAGUUCUGCAGUGGGUUUUGCAUAGAAGGCAUGUAGGCAUGUCCAUUCCUUCCCCCGCUGUACUGGGUGUGAGUUAUUUUGGCCCUUCUGUCCUGACUGUGAGGAAGAGAAUGUGUAUUGGGCAUGAUUUCUCAUCAGCUUGUCCAAGACAAGUUCAGGCUUGACAAACAUUACAUCCUCCCUCCUGUUCAGAAAUCAGCAGUAGUCCAUCUGCCCCUGAUAAAAUGUUCUCUGACCGGCCAGGAGGGGGUCCUGAUGCAUGCUGGUGAAUGUGUGCUGUUGUUUCCGACUGUUCAAAUAUCUUCCCUUGCAUAUCUUCCCAAAGUAAACAGCUCACACAUCAAAGCCUUAUUCAUUUUAAUUCACAUGUAUUUAUUUUUUUCUUUUUAAUUAGUCAACAUCUAAAUUGUGCCUUCAAGAGAGAAAACUGUACUAAUGAGUGUUUGACCUAAUGUCUAAUUUAAUAACCUUUUGAAAUAAUACGACUGUCAAACUAGCAGCUGACAAACACAGUGCUGUUGUUCCACAGAGAGAAUGACGCAUAAUAAAAAACUUUUUAAAAAGUGUUUAAACUCAUGCUCAUAAAAAAAAAAAAAAAAAAUUAAAUAAAAAAAAUCAGUGUGCCGUGUCAAGAAGCAAAUCGAAAGCUGCAUCUUUUAAAGCCAGAAUGGAAUUUCAGUCUGCUGAUCAUUUCAAUAUUGCCUUGACAGUCUGCUCUGAUAAAUAUUCACUAAUGGCUAUCACUGGUAAUA